AUGACGGCCCCUGACGCAACCAUGAACAUCGUCGAGGUUCCUCGCCCCGACGAGUUCCAAGACACCAGUAACAAGUCACGUCUUUCCACAGACGACGAAAAGAAAUCCAAAUCCGGCGUCGCCGAGUCCCCCGAGAUCGAAGCGGUGCCCCCGGCGUACGACAAUGACAGUAGCCAGGAAAAGGACGACGGUAGCGAGGAUGUGAUCAUCAUCACGGGCGCCGAUGCGGCCACUCAUCUUCUCCCGCUGCGUGAUGACCACGACCCUUCGCUGACCUUCCGGAGUCUGUUCCUGGCUACUGCUUUGUCGGCCUUCCAAGCCGUCAUGUACCAGAUCUACACGUUCAAACCAACCCAAAUUACUAUUCAAGGAACGUUUAUUGUGCUCAUUGCUUACUUCGUGGGCCAAGCCUGGGCCAAUAUCCUACCCCGUGGCGACAAACUGACUGCACGGUGGAGAGCGCGAGGCGGCCAGGGGAAGCUUCCGUUUUGGAUCUUGGCCGCGAACUUUAUCAACCCUGGGCCUUGGAGGCUGAAAGAACACGCCAUUUGCGCCAUCACGGCCACUUCGGCGUCUAACGCGUCGGCGAGCGUCAUGGUCUUUGCCGUUCAAGACCUGUUUUAUGACUUACCCCUCAGCCCUGUUACCGUCAUUCUUGCCGUCAUCUCCAUCGGCUUGUUUGGAUACGGCCUCUGCGGAGUCAUGCGCCCCAUCGCUGUCUGGCACGUUGACGCCGUGUACUGGAGCACCCUGCCGACUGUCAAGACGCUUCAGGGGCUUCACUGGCAAGACGUCAAAGACUCGAAGCCUCUCCGGUGGUUCUGGUACAGUUUUGUGGGCAUGUUCUUCUACGAGUUCUUCCCCGCCUACAUCUGGCCAUGGCUCAACGCCGUUUCCAUUCCGUGUCUUGCGGCUAUGAACGCAACUGGCGCGAAGGCGGCCACGCUCACCAACCUCUUCGGCGGGUCACUCAACAAUGAGGGCCUGGGACUCUUCACGCUGUCAUUUGACUGGCAAUAUAUUACCUCCUUCAACACCUCACUCCCGCUUCCGUUGCAAGCCCAUGUGGCGUUCGGGUAUCUUGUUUGCUUUGCAGCCAUGCUUGGUAUCUACUACACCAAUGCAUGGGAUGCCAAAUCGCAGCCAUUCAUGUCGACACGGCUUCGGUCACAGGAUGGGUCCACCUAUCCCAUCCAGGAAGUCUUUACCGGAGGCGUGCUUAACAAGGACGCGUUGGAAAAAUACGGUAUCCCUCGCCUUACGGGGUCGUUCGCAUACGCCAUGUUCAUGGCAAACGCUGCUAUUGGUGCCCUCGUCGCCCACUGCUUCCUUUUCUGGGGCGGGGACGUGGCCAAAGCAUACAAGAGCGCAAAGUCUGGGAGGCACGACGACCGUCAUCAUGCACACAUGAUCGAACACUACAAGGAGGUCCCGUGGUGGUGGUAUAUUAUUGUGCUGGUCUUUAGCUUUGUCCUAGGUCGCAUCGUUGUCACGACACAAAACGUCACCCUGCCGGCCUGGGCCUACAUCGUCUCGCUGCUUUUGGGCAUGUUCAUCGCGCCCCUGAGCACACUUUUGUACUCCCGCUACGGUAAUGGCAUCGCCACGAAUAACCUCUCCAAGAUGCUGGCAGGCUUGAUUCUCCCCGAGAGGCCCAUUGGCAACAUGUACUUUGCCGCUUGGUCGCACAAUGUGAUUAGCAACACGGUCAACUUGUCGAAUGACCUCAAGAUGGGCGAAUACCUCAAGAUCCCUCCCCGCGUCAUGUUCCUUACCCAGAUCUACGGCACCAUUCUCGGUGGCUCCUGGAGCGGAGCCACCGUGCAGGCGUACAACACGAACGCAACUUCAUGGGCGCUAGCCAAAUACCUCUACGCCGGCGGGGGGCUGUACGAGAUGGUACCAAUCGGGUUGGCCAUUGGAUUCGGGAUUGUCGCCGCCCACCGGGUGUUUGCACAUUUCGUCCCCAAGAUCCGCUCCCUCUCGCUCUACGACAUCAACAUGCCGCAGUUCCUGCAGUACGCGGGCUACAUCCCCUACAACGCGUCCCAGACGUGCGUGCUGCUGAGCCAGGUGCUGUGCGGCUUCUUCGUGCAGUGGUACCUGCGCAACCGGCGCCCGCGCGUCUUCCGCGACUACUCGUACCUGGUGACCGGCGCCUUCGACGGCGCCAGCCUGGCCGCCCUCUUCAUCCUGUCCUUCGCCGUCUUCGGCGCGGGGGGGCCCUCGGUGCCUUUCCCCAAGUGGUGGGGGAAUAAUGUGGACGGGUAUUAUGAUCUUUGUCCCGUGGCGGAGUGA